AUUCAAGAUGACCACAUCUGCUGUAGAAGCUCCCAAUAGCGCAUAUCCCGAUCUAGAAAUGCGACUGGAAACGUAUAUGCGAAAAGUGCACUGGCUCAAACCCAUCAAUACUACAAAUGAGUACGAUCCAAACGAAGUGGAGUAUUUUGGGGUUCUAAGCCUAACCGAUGUUCGAGCGCCACGCCGAAAACUGUGGUACUUGUACUAUGCGACGACAGAUCAAGUGGGCAAAACUGUGGAUCAGAUCCACCGUAAAUAUGGCCAAAGGAAUAUGUACGAGCUGUUCAGAAAACCGGUGUAUUCAGGGGCCGGGAUGCGGUCCCGGGUGAAGAACCACUUCAAAGGACUUAGGUGGCUUGUGAAGGGAAACAUUUUGGAAGCCCCCCCAGGGAGCCCCUAUAAUGAUGAGAAAGUGGUGAACACAAUUGCAGAUUUAUAUCAGGGCGAAAGGAGAAAAUAUUACGACUACCUACUGUCCAGGAGUAACCACUUUAGGUCGUACAAUUAUCUUAAUAUUAGUGCAUAACAUGUGUUCAUUUAUAUUUAAGAAUUCCUAGAAUAAAGCUCUAAUACAAUAAU